UGGUUAGUGCGUUGGAACGUCAUGCAAGGGGUCUUGGGUUUAAUCCCUGCCUAUGCCGCCUUAAUUUAAAAAAAAAGUUUUCACGGGUACUGCCUCUUGCGAGAAAUUGAUAAAUCCUCCAAGAAAGAAAAGUGCUUUCUCAAAAUUUGCCGGUUGAAAGUUGUAAGUCACUAGGCCCUGGUUCUCAUGGACUGUUGCGCCACCUAAUUUAUUUUUAUUUUUUAAAAUAAUAAGAAAGUUGCACCCUGUCUUAUUCGAGUAUGUUGUGAUCUAUUACAUUUCUAAAAGUAGAUAGCUGAAUACUGAAUUGUCCCAGGGAAAAUAUUUUGACAUAAUUUUCAAUUUUCAUUUCACUUUUCCUUUGUUCAUCUGCACCUAUACGCCGUAGCCAACGGAAUAGAAUAGGGAUUUAAACAAUAGUGAACUUUAUUAAAUUUGGAAAUAAAAAAAAUAAACAAGAAAAAGAGAAAAUGCUCGCGUAGCAAUUUUAAUAUUACGUAAUAAAGAAAAAGCCAAGACAAUUUUUUUCAACGCGUGUGAACGCACAUCAACGUGAUUUGAUUCCCAAGUGUUUCCGUACAAAUCUAUUACAAUUUCUUUUAUAAAGAGAAACGAAAAGACAAAAGUGCAAAAUGCCGCGCAUCGUACCAUUGCAAUUAUUAAAAUGUUUAAAAGUAUUGCUCGAUGAAAAUGGCGGUAUUUUGAGUGAAGCUGAAGUCAAGCGUAUUGCAGGAUUAAUGACAAAAUAUUCAAAGAAAUUAGUUUCUAAAUGCAUUUAUGUACAAAUAUUAAAAUGUACAAAAACUGAACUAUUGGGUGAAUUUAUGGGUGCGGGGGGAUGGAGUUUAACAUACAUUUGGUUGAAUGAUUCCAUUAAAGCUAGAAAUUGGCCAUUGGUGCAGGAGAUCUUGGAAUUACUUUUACUGUGUCCGGUCGAUGUGGAACGGCUAAAAAGUAAUUCUGCACCUAAAUUAGUUAAAGGACUAUGUAAAGAUGGAGACGAUGAAGGUGUUCGAAUUUUGGCAUCAAAGCUAGUUGAACAGUGGUUAAAAGUUGUAACUGGUGAUGCAACAGCAUCAACAACACAAAUGGCACCUAAACCAAGUGAAAUUCCUCCAAACACAGCUUCAGCCUCGUCUCUUAAAUCAGAUUCAAUAACAACAAAAGAACUUGUCAAAAAACAAACAAGUUCGGUUGAAGAAGAUCCAUUGGGAGCAACUGAACCACCAAUUGAAGGUUCUUUUCAACCAACUCUUGCUCAAAAGAAAGCCUCCGAAUCUGGGUUGGUUUGGAAAUUCAUAAUUAAAGAUGGCAAACAAGUGUGGGCUCGGGUUGAUAAUACUUCAAAAGAUUCUACCACAUCAACAAAACCUGUUGCUCGGGAGCAGGUAGAAGAACAAGAUGAAGAAGAAGAAGAAGUAACAAAGAAUGAGGAGAAGAAUGAAGAAGACGAAGAAUAUCAAGAAGUUGAAGAUGUGCCAGUGAAGUCUACAGAAGCAGUGCAAAAAACUGUUGAAGAAGCUCCUAAUUCAGCUAAGCCAAGUAAUGACACCACAGAUAAUAAAGAGAAUGAAGUUUCUCUAAAGAAAAAGGAAGUUGUCGUAGAAAAAGACAAACUUAAGGAAAAGGAAAAAGAGAAAGAGAAAGAAAAAGACAAAACCAAAUCCAGCAGUAGUUCUGAUAAAGACAAAAAAUCAUCAUCAUCAAGUCAUAAAUCGUCUUCAAGCCACAAAUCAUCCUCAUCUAAAAGCAGCAGUGGAUCAAGCAGUAGCAAAUCAAAGUCUUCAUCCCAUAGAAGCUCAACAGACAGCAAAAGCCGUGACAAAGACAAGGAACGAGAUAAAGACAAAGAACGCAGCUCUAACAAAGAACGUAGUUCUGACAAAGACAAACAUAGAUCUUCCUCGAGUAAAUCCAACAGUAGCACCAGUGGUAAUACUAGUAGUAGCAAAGAUAAAGAUAAGGACCGUCAUAGAGAUAAAUCAAACUCAAGUUCCUCAUCAAUAAAAAAAGACAAAGAGAAGGAGAAGGAGAAGGAGAAAGAGAAAUCUGAUGCAGUUAACCAAGCGGAGAAAGAUAAAGAAACCUUAUCGAAGCUUACCACUCCAUCAAUUGAAAAGCUAGGAAAGAUUCCAAGAAAGUCUAAAGACGAUGCACAAGAGAUUAAGCCAACAUCAAUUACAAUUCCUUCGAAAAAGGCAUCAAUGUCAAUAGAAAUCCGUCGCGAUUCAGAAAAGGCGAAAACAGUUAAGACCUACAAAUCCCAAUUCCGAAGUCAUGGUCUCAAUGAAGAGGCACCUCCGCCACCGUCAAGAAAGGGCCUGAAGAAACCCAAUUCGGUACCAGUUCCCGGAACAGCCAUUCCAAGUACUCUGACUUUGAAACGAUCUUCCCCACCUCCCAGUUCACUAUCGUCGCUUGCUAAAGACGUCCCUGCCGAGAAGAAGGCUAAGAUCGAGAUGGCUGCUUUGGCAGUUCCUGUCGUCGAAAAGAUAGGAGCAAUCAAACUUAUUCCACCAAAGAAAAUUUCACAACUUGUUGAAACCAACAUAUUCUCAGAUGCCCUCUCAGCAGCAAUGGUUCCUAAAAAAGAUGCGCGCAAACGCAAACGUAACUCCAAAGAGGCUCCUACUAAGGAUGGUCUUACAUCACCACCAAUUAGUCCGGAAGGCAAUAAAGUGGCACCUCUUAAGUUCUAUCAAGACACUUUGGAUGAGAACAAGGAUAAUAGCGAUAAGAGUGAAGGUGAAUCCAAGGAAGAAAAAGAUGAAGAGGAAGCUGCCAACACCGAAGAUGAUGACGACAUUCCUCUGAAAAAGGUCAAGGAAGAUAUCGAACAACGUGUUCGCAAUGAGAAAGCAAAGUCUGAUCAAAGUGGGGAUGAAAAUAAAGACCAGGAGAAUUCGGUUGACAUUGAUCUUACGAAGGAUUCGCAGGAGGUAGGCGAUUCAAACAGUGGCAGUAGAACACCAGAAGGUUCUGAAGAAAUCCCAGAGGAACCAAAGAAACCUGGUCCAGGCUGUGGUCCAAAUGGACCACCUGGUGUGCUAUUACUACAUAGGCGUAAAGGUCCAAAGAAGAAGCUCAAGUGGAGACCCCAAGAAGAGCUCGAACAAAUUCGUUUCUUUGAGCUGGAUGAAAAUGAGCGCGUAAAUGUUACAAAAACAUUCAUCGAUAUGAAGAAUAUGGAGCGGUUCAGUGAGCGAGACGCUUUAAGUAUGGUUAGGAGGGGAUUCAAUUCUGAGGACAACAUGGUUCCACAGACUGAAUGGGCACCUUUGGUGUUGGUUGAUGAUGUUCCCAAUCACCCCGAUGGAAGUCAAAGUCGGGAACGAAAAAUCCAGGCAGACAGAGAACAAACCACAUUACGUGCAUUAUAUUUCUCUCAUGCUAUGAUUCCGGACUCACCAGCGGAACCAGAUAUUGAACCGAACCUUCAUACUGAUUUUACAGUAAUUCCUUUGGAUGACAUCACUGGCAACCCAGAUGCAGUGAAUGACUUCACAACCAUGCCGUGGCCAGAUCCCAAGGGUCCUGCCCCGCAAAAUAAUGGAAGUACUGCCCUCACUGGUCCUGGCAGUGAUAUGUAUACAAACCGAAACCAAUUUAAUCCGUUCAUACCAUUUGCUGCGCAGCAGACCGUUGGAUGGCAAAUGAAUAGUCCAAACGGCCCGCCACCACCACAAUUGCAUAUGCAAGGACCACCGCAACAAGGAAUGAUGAUUGGACCAGGAGGAAUGCCAGGAAACAAUUUCAACAACAACAUGAACAUGGGCAGUCCAAGCCUAAUGUCAGGGUCUGGAAUGUCACCGAGAAGUCCAUCUGAAGAUAUGUCACCAAUGGUUGGCGCAGGUGGUGGAAUGAACAGCAACUUGAACAUGGGAAUUGGAAAUCCUUUUAAUGCACCACAAUCAAUCGGUAAUAAUUCGCCUCAAUUUGGACCGGGACCAAACUUUGGACCUGGACCAGGAAACUUUGGUCCGAAUAUGAAUAUGAAUGGUCCACGUGGGCCAAUGAAUAGUAUGAUGGUUGGUGGCCCUGGACCAAUGAAUGGCCCGGGACCGAUGAAUGGACCAGGUAUGAUGAAUGGUCCCGGUAUGAUGAAUGGACCAGGAAUGAUGAAUGGACCGGGACCAAUGAAUGGACCAGGACCAAUGAAUGGACCAGGCCCCAUGAAUGGACCAGGCCCAAUGAAUGGCCCAAGAUCAAUGCAUUUUAAUGAUUCAAUGAACAACGGACCUGGUCCGGAUGACAGGCGGGGAAUGGAUCGACGCAACAACCGAGGAGGUGGAGGAAACUGGAGAUCAGGCGGUGGAAAGAACUUUAACUCGGAGAGUAAUUGGCGACCAGCUGGACCUGGGGAUAACAAUUCAGAUCGAGGAGGCAACAACUUUGGCCGUGGCAACAAUGAUUGGGUCUCAGGCAAUAGCAACAGCAACGGAAGAGUGUGUAAACAGUUUAUGCGAGGUCACUGUCGACUGGGGAAUAAAUGUAAUUUCCUACAUCCAAGAAAGAAGACCUUCUAGGACUUGCCGUGGGAUGGUGAAAGUCCACCUUCACCUUCACCAUCGCCCUCACCACCAGGGCAAUUCUGAAUCUGUGAUAGUACGAGUUGGAUAAUCUACCACCGGUCGAUGGCUACUUAUGUUGUUUGUACGUAUCUUGCUUUCCAAAGGGGUUCUCUUGUCUCCCUCCUCGAUCAACAAAAUGGUUCCUUCCCUCUCGUUACAAAAUAAAAAUGUGUAAAUAGAUUUUAAAUAAUUGAAUGAAAGCAAAUAAUUAUGAAUAGAUAUUUUAGUGUAGCUAGUUUUCAUUAGUUGAAAUAAGAAAUAUAGCAUUAUGAUAGAAAUGCAUUCAUUUUGUUUUCUCGAAGCAAUUUAAUUUGAUUUCUAGAAAAUUAUUUUCUUCUCCUAGAUGAGAAAAAUGUUAUGUAAAUAAUAUUAAACAAUCAUUGUAUUUAUUAGUUAAAACUAAACAUAAGAUAUUUUUAGUAUCUGUAAGACUUUUUUUACGUUAAAAAUAUAAGAAAAUGUUGAAUUCAA